CUGAUGGUUGGGAUUUGUUUGUUUUUAUUUUUGCUAGCAAUCGGGUUCAGUCUGUCAGCGCCGGGCAGCGACACAUUCAGAUUAGAGUAAUAUGCCAGGACAUAGAUGUCAGCAGUAACUGAUACAUCUGUCGGCUGGUGAAAAGACCGAUAAUGUUAAUGCGUCUAUGAGACAACACGAAGUGUCCUCACUGUAGCUAAUUAAAAGCUGUAAAAUCGAUUAGCUUGACGGUGUUGUGUACCGCUGACAGCUCGCUAGCUCGCUAAUAGAAGCGCGAUUGAUGCGAGCUGUAAGCCGAGCUACAAAGCCCGCUAGCUAGCCAGCCAGCUAGCUACCUGCCUGGACUGGAGACGAGGAACACCGCUUGCUAGCUAGCCAGCCAACCAAGGACCCUCUCCAUAAAUCCUAAUCAGCCUUGCCACCGCCUGUUCUUAAAACUGACAUUUUUUCCCGUGUCUUCCUAACAAUGGGAAACGCCGCCGCGGCCAAGAAAGGCAACGAAUUAGAAAGCGAAGCUUUUGUGAAAGAAUUUUUAGCCAAAGCCAAAGAGGAUUUCUUAAGGAAAUGGGAGUGUCCUCCACAGAGCACAACAUGCCUUGAUGACUUUGAGAGACUGAAAACUCUUGGUACAGGCUCUUUUGGAAGAGUUAUGUUAGUGAAACAUAAAGGAACAGAGCAAUACUAUGCUAUGAAGAUCUUGGACAAGCAAAAAGUGGUGAAGCUGAAACAAAUAGAACACACAUUAAAUGAGAAGAGAAUAUUGCAGGCGGUAUCUUUCCCUUUCCUUGUCAGAUUGGAAUAUGCUUUCAAGGACAACUCAAACCUGUAUAUGGUUAUGGAGUAUGUCCCCGGUGGAGAGAUGUUCUCACACCUUAGACGAAUUGGAAGAUUCAGCGAGCACCAUGCAAGGUUCUACGCAGCUCAGAUUGUACUCACGUUUGAGUACCUCCACUCUCUAGACCUCAUCUACAGAGACUUGAAGCCUGAGAAUCUUCUCAUUGAUCAGCAUGGAUACAUUCAGGUCACAGAUUUUGGCUUUGCAAAAAGAGUAAAAGGCAGAACCUGGACGUUGUGUGGGACACCAGAGUACCUGGCUCCAGAGAUUAUCCUUAGCAAGGGCUACAAUAAGGCAGUUGAUUGGUGGGCUCUUGGUGUUCUUAUCUAUGAAAUGGCAGCUGGCUACCCACCCUUUUUUGCUGACCAGCCCAUCCAGAUUUAUGAGAAAAUUGUAUCUGGCAAGGUCAGAUUCCCCUCUCACUUCAGUUCAGACCUAAAGGACCUGCUGAGGAAUCUUCUUCAGGUUGACCUCACAAAACGCUUUGGCAAUCUAAAGAAUGGGGUCAAUGACAUUAAAAACCACAAGUGGUUUGCUACGACAGAUUGGAUUGCCAUUUAUGAAAAGAAGGUAGAGGCGCCCAUCAUACCAAAGUGCAGAGGGCCAGGCGACACAAGCAACUUUGACGACUAUGAAGAGGAAGAGAUCCGGAUCUCAGACACGGAAAAGUGCGCAAAGGAAUUCUUGGAGUUUUAGUGGGAGGGAGGAUUCUCCUAGGGCUCUUACAUUUUUGGAUUUUUUUUUUCUUUAUUUUGCACUCCUUUGAAGGUGAGAGUGAAGCUAUGACCAUCAUGUGUUUAGACUAUUUCACAUUUCUUCAUUCCAUAAGGCUGAGAGAGAUUCAUGAGUGCCAUGUUUCUCUGGGUGCAGUUUGCACUAAACUAUACAUAGACACGAGGUGCAGUUUCUCUUUUGGGCUGCAACACGAAGCACCAGACCACACCCUUAGUCUUGUUUUUUUUUUUUUUUUUCUUUUUUUUUUUUUUUCUAUUCUGUUUCAAAAUCAUGUUAAAGAAUGAUGUGUUCUUCCUGUUGUUGUUAUUAUUGUGUUUUUUUUUUUUAUAUAUAUAUUUAUGAAAAGGGAAGAGGCCAGUUACUCUUAUUUGUGGUGACGCAGUUGUUUUAAUUUUAGUCUGUAAUAAUGCACUUUUUUUAAGGAUUGGUGCUGCUUGUUCUUGCCAGCAACAUCUUUUGUCUGUUACGUGUUCAUUCAGUUUUUAAGCUUCACACUGUCUGAUGCACCACAACUUUACGCCCCCUCUCUGUGUGUGUGUGUGUGUGUGUGUGUGUGUGUGUGUGUGUGUGUGUGUGUGUGUGUGUGUGUGUAAGAGAGAGAGAGAGAGACAGAGAAGAGUGAGUGAGCAUGUGUAUAUGUGUGAAGAAUAAAAACUGUUGAAGGCAUUUCUUUUUAAAGGCAGAAUAAUCAGAUAGGUACACAGUAUCAGCCAGAGCACAUACAUGGCAACACCCUCAACUGCUAGCCCAAUACAUAUCGUUAAAACAUUAUCAUUCAUGUCAUUUUUAAGCACACUGUGCUUUGGUAUUUUUAUGAUUAAUGACCUAGAAAUAUUUAUUUCCAGUAAAAGAUUAAUACACCAGCAUGAAAAUGGCAGGCUGUUACUCUGUGAAGCCAUGUCAUCUGGUUUAAGUCAACAGCUUAACUCAUUGGGUUUUUUUGUUUGUUUUUUUGCAAAAAAAUGUCAUGAAGUGUCUGUUUUGUUUCUCUUCCCUCUUUUUGUCACCUUACAUACUCAGCUGUAUCACAUAUCCAUUCAACAUCCAUUCAACUAAAUUGCCAUCAGAACUAGUAUGUAAAGCCAAAUGGUGGUUACAAAGUGGCAUUCACAUCCAGCACAAAAAAAAUACAAUGUUUUGCUGACUGGACCGUCAGCCUUACGGCUGUGUUUCAUACGUCUGUUUCCUUUAUGGAUUUUAUUUAUAAAUACGUUAAAGAGAUGGCUUAUAUAUGUAAUGUUCUACUUGUCGAGCUGGCCUAACUGACAUUUCAAGAAAAUUGUCAUUGAAGGUUCUUAACAAAUUUCUAGUUGAAGGCGGUGUGUUUUUUAUUUAUUUCAUUGGAAUGUUUAGCACUUGACACUCCCAAAAAUGAUAUUUAAAAAAAUUAUUUAGUUAUUUCACUCGUCAGUGUGGGCUAUAGUAUGCAAUGUCUGUAUUUAGUUUGUAUGAUAAUUUGCACAAUGUCAUUUAGAAAGCUGCCCCCCUUCCCCUGUAUUAUUACAUGUAUUUUUAAGGGACGUGUACACCUCUUCGCUGUAGCAUAUUUUAUGUAUCAGAUGAUAUGUCACUGUAACAAAUAAAAGAAAAUGCUUUGUA